CCUCUUCCCACCAUCAACAUCAACAACAAAAACAAGUUGAUUGCACCCCACAUUCUCGACUACUCGAGUAUUACAAACAAUCACAACGUCUGCAAAGACAACCUCAAACCUCGCAACCAUGGCACCAGGAGCAGACGAGGUCGUCGCCAAGAGCAUUUCACCUUAUGGAGUUGCUCGAUCAACAGUAGAGGGGAAGCCUUUGAGCGCAGAGGAGAUUCGCAAAUUCGAUGCUUACUUCCGAGCGAGUAUGUAUUUAUGUCUAGGCAUGCUCUACCUCCGCGAAAACGCUCUCCUGAAGGAGCCUCUUACAGUCGAUCAUCUCAAGGCUCGAUUACUCGGUCAUUGGGGAUCAGAUGCCGGUCAAUCCUUCACAUGGAUGCAUAUGAAUCGUUUGAUCAAGAAAUACGACUUGGAUGCACUAUUCGUUUCGGGCCCAGGUCACGGAGCUCCAGGUAUCAUCUCACAAUCAUAUCUUGAAGGUGUUUAUUCCGAAGUUUACCCCGACAAGGCUGAGACUGAGGAGGGCAUGCGAAGAUUCUUCAAGCAAUUCUCAUUCCCAGGCGGUAUUGGCAGUCAUGCCACUCCAGAGACACCAGGCAGUAUUCAUGAGGGCGGAGAGCUCGGCUAUUCAAUAUCACAUGCUUUCGGAACUGUCUUCGACCACCCCAACCUGAUCACAGUCACGAUGGUAGGAGAUGGUGAGGCGGAGACUGGACCUCUUGCUACGAGCUGGCACAGCACUAAAUUCCUCAAUCCCAUCACCGAUGGUGCCGUUCUCCCUGUUCUUCACUUGAACGGAUACAAGAUUAACAACCCAACUCUUCUCGCCCGUAUCAGCCACGAGGAGCUGACCUCGUUAUUCAUCGGCUAUGGAUGGACCCCAUACUUUGUCGAAGGAAGUGACCAGGAGUCUAUGCACCAGGCAAUGGCAGCUACAUUAGAACACUGCGUUCUCGAGAUCAAGAAGUACCAGAAGCAAGCACGAGACUCGAAGAAGGCGUUCAGACCACGUUGGCCCAUGAUUGUUCUCCGAAGUCCUAAGGGCUGGACUGCACCAAGAAAGGUUGAUGGAAAGCUUCUCGAAGGUUUCUGGCGUGCUCAUCAAGUCCCAAUCCCAGAUGUUGCUACGAACCCAGAACAUCUCAAGGUUUUGGAGAACUGGAUGAAGAGCUACAAGCCAGAAGAGGUCUUCGACAAGGAGGGUAAGCUGAUUUCAGAGCUCAAAGAACUUGCUCCUACUGGCAAUGCUCGUAUGAGUGCCAACCCGGUCGGUAAUGGUGGCUUGCUUCGUAAGCCUCUCGAUAUGCCGGACUUCCGGAAAUACGCACUUGGACCAAUCGAGCCCGGUAUCUCUAACCUUCCUAGCAUGUCGAACAUGGCAAAGCUUCUUCGAGAUGUGGUUGCCAAGAACAUGACCAACUUCCGUGUUUUCGGCCCAGAUGAGACUGAAUCGAAUAAGCUUGGCGAGAUCUACAAGGCAGGCAAGAAGGUCUGGAUGGCUGACUACUUCGAGGAAGAUUUAGAUGGAGGAAAUCUUGCCAUGGAAGGACGUGUCAUGGAAAUGCUUUCUGAGCAUACUGUCGAAGGUUGGCUUGAAGGUUACAUUCUCUCUGGCCGACAUGGUCUACUCAACAGCUACGAACCAUUCAUCCACAUUAUCGACUCCAUGGUCAACCAACAUUGCAAAUGGAUCGAGAAGUGUCUCGAGGUCGAAUGGCGUGUUAAGGUCGCUUCUCUCAACAUUCUCCUCACAGCCACCGUCUGGCGUCAAGACCACAACGGCUUCACUCACCAAGAUCCCGGCUUCCUCGACGUCGUCGCCAACAAGUCACCAGAAGUCGUUCGUAUCUACCUUCCCCCUGACGGAAACUGUCUUCUCUCAGUCACAGACCAUUGUCUCCGCAGCGUCAACUACGUAAACGUCAUUGUAGCCGAUAAACAAGACCAUCUGCAAUUCCUCGACAUGGAAGAAGCCAUCGAGCACUGCACCAAGGGCCUCGGAAUCUGGGACUGGGCAUCCAACGACCAAGGCGUCGAACCCGACGUCGUAAUGGCCUCCUGCGGCGACGUACCAACCCACGAAUCCCUCGCCGCCGUCGCCCUCCUCCGCGAGUUCCUCCCCGACCUCAAGAUUAGAUUCGUCAACGUCGUCGACCUCUUCAAGCUGAUUUCCGAAGUCGACCAUCCGCACGGUCUUUCAGACCGGGAAUGGAAAUCCAUAUUCACAGACGAUAAACCCAUCAUCUUCAACUUCCACUCAUACCCAUGGCUCAUCCAUCGUCUGACCUACAAACGACCUGGACAGUUGAACAUUCACGUCCGCGGCUACAAGGAGAAGGGCAACAUCGAUACACCCCUCGAACUCGCCAUCCGCAACCAAACAGAUCGAUACUCCCUAGCCAUGGACGCCAUCGACCGUAUUCCCACUCUGCACAACAGAGCCAGCGGUGUGCGCGAGAAGUUGAUGAACCUUCAGAUUGCGGCUAAGACGUGGGCUUUCGAGCAUGGUAUCGACCCGGAUUAUAUUCGUAACUGGAGAUGGCCGUAUCCCAAGGUUUCCGAGUUGGCUUAGAGAAAAGUUUUUUGGUGAGAUGGGAGGAUUAGAUUUGUGGUUUUGGAUGGUA